ACCUGCCGACAUGAUGAUGGGACCUAUACCUGUGUGAAGCUUUGUGGUCUGUAAGUUUCAGGAGGAUAAUGGGUUUACGUUGAAACUAUGAACACGUCGUAUGCUCCUGCAGACGCCAGCAAGCUUUGAUACCUGUCUGCUCUACAGCUGCCUCACUCUUUUGCUCAUUUUCUUCUGCUUGCACCUCCCCUCCCUCUUAAAGAAAGAUCACAAUCGGAUAACUCUUCCCCCAAGCUUUUGGCGGUAGCUCAAAUUUCCUGGAAAUUGCACUGAGAUCUGGAUUCCAGAGACGAAGAUUCUAUUUUCAGUCCAGGAUAGACCAGUAGGCUUUUAAAGAAACGGCUGUGUUGAAAUUAUCAUACCCCCCCUCUUUUACUCUCCCGCUAUUCCUCAUUCCUUUCCUCCAAGUCCCAGAGGCACCAACUGAUGGAGAGACGAAGGAGAGAGUCAGGAUAAGGACAAGAAUUAGAGCAUCAGAGAGAAGAGGAAAAAACUGCUGAUUCAUCAGGAAAAUAGGAGUAGGGCCACUGUGAAGGAUUACUUUACUCAGUGUGCUUUAAAUCUUAGUUCAGUGUUAUAUAGUAAUUGUUGUUUACAUUUGAAAACUGUUUGCCACAGCAAAGCGAGGUUUUACCUCUGGGGUUUAUUAGACCUAAUAGGCAUCAAGUAGAAAAGGGGAAGCUUGGGAACUUUGAGCAUGACAAGGGGGUUAAGAUUCCUGUGUUGGCCCCUGUGGCCUCUGGCCCUCUUCAGCCUGCUCACUACAGUGAAGAUGCUGGAAUUUGGUGGGGCGCCCGGCCAGUGGGCACGCUAUGGACGCUGGGAAGCUGGAUCAGUAGGCGAGCUGAGCUUCAGUCUCAAGACCAACAUCAGCAAAGCCUUGGUACUCUACCUGGAUGAUGGUGGCAACUGUGACUUUUUGGAGUUGCUGAUAGCUGGUGGCCGCCUCCAGCUGCGCUUUGCCAUCCACUGUGCUGAGCCGGCUACUUUGCACAUGGAGACACGGGUAAAUGAUGACCGCUGGCACAUGGUCUUGCUCACCCGCAACUUCCGUGAGACCCUCCUGAUGGUCGAUGGUGAGACAAAAGUGGCUGAGGUCAAGUCCAAGAGGAAGGAGAUGGCAGUCGUCAGUGACCUGUUUGUGGGUGGGAUCCCGCCUGAUGUGCGCCUCUCUGCUCUGACAUCUAGCACAGUGAAGUAUGAGCCACCCUUCCAGGGUUUGAUCUCCAAUCUGAAGGUGGGGGAGAUGCCUCCUACUUUGUUAAAUAGCCAGGGCAUUCAGAGUGACCUGGAGUACCUCUGCACCAAACAGAACCCGUGCUUCAAUGGAGGGCUUUGCUCUAUUCAGUAUGGAGAAGUUCACUGUGACUGCACCCACACCCGCUUCAAGGGGAAGUACUGCAAGGAAGCUGAAGAGUAUGCUGUUGAAGGUCUGGCGCACCUGACGUUAAACGACCAAGGUGACUCAUCUCAAGUCGGUAAGGAGGAGUCAGUCGCCACCUUCAAGGGGAACGAGUUCUUCUGCUACGACCUGUCGCUGACGCCCAUCCAGAGCAGCACUGACGAGAUCACACUUUCCUUCCGCACACUGCAACGCAAUGGCCUCAUGCUGCACACCGGCAAGUCGGCCGACUACGUGAACCUUUCCUUGAAGAGCGGCGCAGUUUGGCUGGUCAUCAACCUGGGCUCGGGGGCAUUCGAGGCCCUGGUGGAGCCUGUCAACGGCAAGUUCAACGACAACGCCUGGCAGUGACCAUCUCAGUGGAUGGUAUAUUGACCACCACUGGUUACACCCAGGAGGAUUACACCAUGCUGGGCUCUGAUGACUUCUUCUACAUUGGAGGGAGCCCCAACACCGCCGACCUGCCCGGAUCACCAGUCAGCAACAACUUCAUGGGCUGCCUGAAAGAUGUGGUGUACAAGAACAACGACUUUAAGCUGGAGCUGUCACGGCUGGCCAUUGAGCGAGACCCUAAAAUAACCUUGAACGGCGACCUGGUGUUCCGCUGCGAGGACGUGGCAGCUCUGGACCCUGUCACCUUCGAGACCCCAGAGUCCUUUAUUUCCUUGCCCAAGUGGAACACCAAGAAGACGGGAUCUAUCUCCUUCGACUUUCGCACUACGGAGCCCAGUGGCCUCCUGCUGUUCAGCCACGGCCGCCCUCAGGGUCCCAAAGAGCAGAAGCCCGGUCGGGAGCUGAAGACUGAUUACUUUGCUAUGGAGCUGCUGGAUGGGUAUUUGUACCUGCUGAUUGAUAUGGGCUCUGGGAAAACAAAGCUGAAGGCCAGCAACAAGAAGGUCAAUGAUGGGGAGUGGUGCCAUGUGGAUUUCCAGAGGGAAGGGAGGAAAGGAUCCAUCUCAGUCAACAGCCGCAGCAUGCCCUUCAGCUCCCCAGAGGGCAGUGAAAUCCUGGACCUGGACAGUGAUAUGUACCUGGGCGGGCUGCCCGAGUCUAAGACAGAACUCAUCCUGCCACCAGAGGUUUGGACAGCGCUGCUUAACUAUGGCUACGUAGGCUGCAUCCGCGACCUCUUCAUCGAUGGCAAGAGCCGUGACGUCCGCCGCCUGGCUGAGAUCCAGAGUGCGCUUGGUGUCAGCAGUUUCUGCACGCGUGAACUGCAGAAGCGGUGUAGCAGCGCCCCCUGUGGUAACGCAGGUCUGUGCAAAGAGGGCUGGAACCGCUAUAUAUGUGAUUGCAUCGGCACCGGAUACCUGGGUACCAACUGUGAGAUAGAGGCAACGGUGCUGAGUUAUGACGGCAGCAUGUACCUGAAGAUCAUGAUGCCGGUCACCAUGCACACAGAGGCCGAGGACGUGGCGCUGCGCUUCAUGUCUCAGCGGGCGUAUGGCCUGCUCAUGGCCACCACGUCCAAGGAGUCAGCGGACACCCUGCGACUGGAGCUGGAUGGAGGCCGCAUCAAGCUCACCGUGAACCUUGAUUGUAUCAGGAUAGACUGUAACCUCAGCAAAGGACCUGAGACGCUGUUCGCGGGGCAGAAGCUGAACGACAAUGAGUGGCACACUGUGAAGGUGGUGCGAAGAGGCAAGAGCCUGCAGCUGUCUGUGGAUAAUGUCACAGUGGAAGGCCAGAUGACUGGUGCCCACACACGUCUCGAGUUCCACAACAUCGAGACAGGCAUCAUGACUGAACGCCGCUUCACAUCUGUGGUGCCCUCAAACUUCAUUGGCCAUCUCCAGGGCCUGACCUUCAAUGGGGUUCCCUAUCUAGACCAGUGCAAAAAUGGGGACAUCUCGUACUGUGAACUGAAUGCCCGCUUUGGCAUGCGCCACAUCAUUGCAGAUCCGGUGACAUUUCGAACGAAAGGCAGCUACUUAGCUUUAGCCACGUUACAAGCUUAUGCCUCCAUGCACCUCUUCUUUCAGUUCAAAACCACCACGCCUGAUGGCCUGAUGCUCUUCAACUCUGGAGACGGUAGCGACUUUAUUGUUGUGGAACUGGUGAAGGGGUAUGUCCACUACGUCUUUGAUCUUGGCAACGGGCCGUCACUGAUGAAGGGCAACUCAGACAAGCCACUUAAUGACAACCAGUGGCACAACGUGGUGGUGUCCCGGGAUGCCAACAAUGUACACACGCUCAAGAUCGACUCACGCACCGUUACGCAGCACUCCAAUGGAGCCCGCAACCUGGACCUCAAAGGAGAGCUGUACAUCGGUGGCGUGAUAAAGAACAUGUACAGCAAUCUGCCCAAGCUGAUUGCAUCCCGGGACGGGUACCAAGGCUGUCUGGCCUCUGUGGACCUGAAUGGGAGACUCCCCGACCUGAUCGCAGAUGCACUCCACAGGGUGGGUCAGGUGGAACGAGGCUGCGAUGGACCCAGUACCACCUGUACGGAGGAGUCCUGCUACCAUCAGGGGGUGUGUCUCCAGCAGUGGGAGGGCUUCACCUGCGACUGCACCAUGACGUCCUAUGGAGGUUCAUUUUGCAACGACCCUGGGACAACUUACAUCUUCGGGCGAGGCGGAGCCCUCAUCACAUAUACCUGGCCACCCAAUGACCGGCCGAGCACACGGGCAGACCGGCUGGCAGUGGGCUUCAGCACGCAGCUGAAGGAGGCCGUUCUGGUCAGGGUAGAGAGUGCCAAGGGACUGGGAGAUUAUCUGGAGCUGCACAUAGAACGGGGAAAGAUCGGCGUGAUCUUCAACGUGGGAACGGACGACAUAAUCAUCGAGGAGAGCGCGGUGAUGGUGAGCGACGGCAAAUACCAUGUGGUGCGGUUCACACGCAGUGGUGGCAAUGCCACACUACAGGUGGACAACCAGCCUGUCAUCGAACGUUUCCCCUCAGGGAACUUUGAUAAUGAGCGCCUGGCUAUUGCUAGACAAAGAAUCCCAUACCGACUCGGUCGGGUAGUUGAUGAGUGGCUACUCGACAAAGGUCGUCAGCUGACCAUCUUCAACAGCCAGGCAUUCAUCAAAAUUGGUGGCGGUGGAGAGAAAGGACGCCACUUCCAGGGCCAAAUCUCAGGCCUGUACUACAAUGGCCUGCAGGUGCUCAAACUGGCAGCCGAGGGCGACCCCAAUGUACAGACCCAGGGCAACCUGCGGCUGGUGGGUGAUGUGCCCUCGGUGCUCACUACUGACACCACCUCCACCACUCCGCUGGCUGAUAUGUCCACCACAAUCAUGGAGACAACCACCACUAUGGCCACAACCACCACCCGCAAACAGCGCUCGCCCACCAUGAGGGACAGUGUCACACAGAAUGCCGAUGACCUCUUGGUAGCAUCAGCUGAGUGUCCUAGUGAUGACGAAGAUUUGGAGGAGUGUGAGCCUGGAAAUGGAGGUGAAUUAGUGUUGCCCAUAAUAACGGUGGACUCCCUAGACCCCCCAUCCAUCGCCACCCGCUACCCAGUAAUCCCCCCACCCCCCACCACCUACCGCCCUUUCCUCACCCUACUCGAAACCACCAAAGAGUCCCUCCCCUUGCCAAAUGGCCGACCCCCCUGCCCCUUGGACCAGGAGGACUGCGAGGAGACCAUCGAGGUUUCGGCGUACGGCUCGGGGGAGAUGACCAAGUCGGAUGACGAGGACUAUUACAAAAACUCCCCCCUGGUCACCGACAGGACUGUCCUCCCUCCUCCCCCGGCCGUCGAGGGUGGGGUCCAGAACCCCCGAGACCGCCAUUUCUCUCGCAUCCCCAACUCCCACCGUCCACCUCUUUCCUCCACCCCCACAGCCAACCCCGACCAGCUCGGCCCGCGCAUCAAGCCGGCUGCCGGCGGCAGUAGCAACAAUAUCCCCGCUGGGAAAAUGAACACCCGGGACCAGGUGCUGCUGCCGCCGGCCCACCCCUCGUCAGACCCGGGCCAUCGCAGAGUUCCAGGAAUAACGUACCCCCCAAAUUUCCCCCAUGUUCCCACUCCAGACCCCACGUCUCCUGAGAGAGGGCUCCCCGGUGCCGUGGAGGUGCAGCAGUCCAGCAGCACCACAGGAAUGGUGGUGGGCAUUGUGGCGGCCGCCGCCCUCUGCAUCCUUAUCCUGCUCUACGCCAUGUACAAGUACCGCAACCGCGACGAAGGCUCCUACCAGGUGGACCAGAGCCGCAACUACAUCAGCAACUCAGCCACGCAGAGCAACGGAGCCCUUGUAAAGGAGAAACAGCCCAGCACUGCCAAGACGGUCACCAAGAACAAAAAGAACAAAGACAAAGAGUACUACGUCUGAGGGCACACCGCCGUGACACACAGAGACAGACAGCAGACGCACUUAGAGAAGGAAAGAGACGAGAGAGAAAGAGAGAGAGAGAGAAGGCAGUAUAAAGAAAACAUAACAGAGGUAAAUUCAUUCACAACUCAGUAUUGUCAGGUGGCCAUACAUGUUACCAAUUCCAGUCUAUUCAGAGCGACAGCAAGGUGACAUCACAGUUCUGUCCACACCUUUCAGCUUUGAUUGAUUUGACUUAUUAAAUGUUAACCACGGUGUGAAUUCAAGGAAAGCCUAUUACACCUCAGAUCUCUACACAUACUGUGCCAACAACAACCGUGUACCAAAUGCUGAUAAAACAGUGAUUUAUGGAUUAGUACAUGACAGGUUAUUUAAUAUCUUGAGUACUGUAAGAAAGCACCACCAUCAGUAUUUGUGUCAAGGUCUGUACUUAAUUCUGAGGCGAGCUUGUGGUGUAAGCAGUCACCUUAGACAGUAUCAACAUAUUAUUUUCCAACUAGGCUUGAAUUAGCAACUUGACAUCCUUCUGGAAAAAUCAAUAUACUGCCAGCUUACAGAAACACUGUGUCAAACCCAGCUCUCCCACCUCUGUAAGCGUUGGACAUCUCUGAUCUCUCACCUUUCGUCAGACCUCUCUCUCUUCCUCUCAUUCGCUCAUGUACUCUGUUUCUCUCCUUGUCUACGGUGCUGAGCAGCUGAUGCAACAUGAACUCUGCCGUGUUUCAAGCAUGUAGUAUUCAUUUACGAAAAAGAGAUAAAAACUGUUUUUCUUUCUGUGGAGUUUAAAAAACAAAAAAUAUGACUAUGAUUGAUGAUCAUAACAACGUUAAACGUAGCAAUUAUGUGAGAUACCACCGCUCCGACCUAAUGGAUGCUAACUUGUACGUUUAGCUGCCAAAAACUUGUUGAGGCCAAAACCCCUUGGUCGUCCUUUGUUCCAGCAGAUCUGUGUCAUGUGUUUCUGGGGCUCCGAGGCACCCCCUAGUGGGCCAGCAGAGAAACUGCGUCACGUCCUUACAGUUACUAAUAACCGAAAAACAGAAAAAACCUCCAGCAAACAAGAUGAACUCUGUUCUAUAUAAUUAUAAAUAUAUGUAUAGACGUUGCAGAAACAUAUGGACCUAAAGCGUGAGCGAGUGGAAAAGCAAAAGUACGCUGAUAAUGCACAGCGAAGACGGACUUUAGGAUUUUCGACGUCAGAACAGUUUCACCGCCCAAACCCCCGUCCAGACCCCACCCCUAUCAUGAACAGUACGGCUGAUGCAAUGCCUUGCUGCAAGACUCAGUCACUUUGGUUUGCUCUUCUAUUUUUAUUUUUUUUAUUUGAUUCUUUUCUCUGGAGAAAUGAGAGACAUUUUAGGGAAAUUCUGAAUUCAUUCUAGCUGGAGUUCCACUGUGGAGAGAGAUACCUUGCAGCUGAAAAAGCAACUUGUGUCUUUCGCCCCUCUCUAGCCUGACUGGACUGAUGGCAGCCAAUGGGCAAAGCAAACUUUGUGGGAAGAGCACACAAACAAAAAGGUGAACGGCAGUUCCCUGGAAGAUGUACAACAGAACUCUAGUAUUCCAAUUUUCUCAACUCUAUUAAAAAAAGAAAACUGUACCAUGAAAAGAAAAGAAAAAUCCUGAAAAAAGUUUGUGAAAUGUCUAAAUAUUUGACUCUCAUCCCAUUACUAAGAGAAAUGUGUUUUCCCUACUAUCAUUCCUGUUUGGAGUAAAAAAUGACUAUGAUUCUGGGAAACUGAAAUUUCUAUGUAUUUUCUUUUGGUAAUUGAGCAAAUGUGAUUUGGGUUAUGAACAUGAAACCACUUGUUCUUCUUUUCUAGGAGAGAAAGGUUCCUCUCCUUUUAUUCCAUCUGUCACCCUCAAUCUAUUUUUCGUCCUGCAUCUAUUCCUUUUUCUCUGUAUGGCAGAUUGUAUGUCACCCACACCCGGUGGAGAAAGCAGGCUCUAUCCAUCCUCCAUGUUUUGUUUUUUUAUUUGUUUUAUAUCUAUUUCUGUCUAUAUGGCUGGAGACAAGAUGGCAGCCAUUUCAUAUGACAGGCUCCAUCGAUUCACCCUCCUGCCACGUUAGUCUGGUUUCUCUUUCUCCAUUCCAAGCAUACUCCUCCCAGUAUCUUCCUGUUCUUUCUAAAUGUUAUUGUAAAGUGUUCCAGUGAGAUGACUCUAAAUAUGUGUACAUUAACAGAGGGAAUA